UUGUUACGCGUGUUCAACGGUUCCGUUCGGAUAGCGGGUGUAUCCUUGGAGGUGCAGCUUCUUGCAGCUAGACGCCAGGACAUUCGCAUUAACGGGCGGUGUCGGUCGCGACAGAAUCCGGAAUUGCUAACGAGCCAACCAACGUUGAAGGGUGGGCGCUCGGUCCGGGGGGUGCCAAAGUAGAUAGUGUACGAACUUCCGGUUCUAUUUUUGCUGGCUGUGGCAUUGUGCAGAGCGCGAGUGAAUCGGUUUAGCCAAAGUGUUCGCUGGCUGCCGCAUCUCCAGACGGUAAGGCAGAGAAGGUUAGCAGCAGCGAUACAAGCGGAUCCUGAAAUUUACCACCCACCGCCCGAUCGCUAGUGCUGCGUGCGUAUGUGAGCUCAGGAAAUCUCGGAACAAUGUGAAGAUCCAUGUGCGGUGCGGUUUGCGUGUUUUCGCCACACAAUAGUGUCCCGCGGUAAUCGUAUUGAAGGGAGAAGCACUUGCUACAAGGCGAAGUUUAAAAUAUUUUAACGAUUUGCACAUGGUGAAAAUUUUGGCGAAUCACUCGAGAAUCGGAAUCUGCUUGAGUACGAAAAGUGUUCAGUAGAGCCAAAGAAAACAAAUACCCGCAACCAGAGCUAUAGAAAUAUGUAAUAGUGAGUGCCAAGUAAAAUAAACAAGAAAAUAUGAUAUGAAAAUAGAAUAAAUUCAUACUAAACAAGCCAGUUAGCUAGUUUAAUGAAGCAGCUAUGAAAACUAAUCGACGAAAGCAAACAAAACCGUGAAUGUGACCCAUCCAUCGUAGUUGGAUAGCCUGCUCCAUGAACGAUCAAAACAAAAUAAAUCCAGUGAAAAUUCAACAACGAGCUUCAGUUUUACAUAAACCAUAAAAUUUAAUUCCAAAAGUGUGCUUUUAAUCUGCGUCGUGUGAAUGUGUCUUGCCCGUUCGUUUAUCUUCAGCCAGGUGAAAUAUUUAUUCUCUGCGUCUCGGAAACGGUCGACCAGAGAAAAAAAAAAGUCCCACGAAAUAAAACUGUGCUCAUUUCGUAUGCGAAUUCCGUAUUAAUCACCGGAUUGCAAAGUCCAAACACAACUGUCCGCUGGGAAGGCGCAUCGGUCAUGAAGCGAAUAAAGAAAACGUCCAACUGCCUCGGAAUCGCUUUGUCCGGGCGGAAAUAAACCACAAAAUCCCCGGUACAAAGCCGCGCGACGGCUCCAAUCUCGACGGGAAAAAUUACAUGUCGGCUGGGCGAGCGUCAGAAUUAAAUAUCAGAGGAAAGGAGAAAAAAAAAGAACAACCGCCACCGGAAAUUGAGUCCACAGAUUUGGGGGUUUGUCGCGUCGAGAGCCGCAGGAGAAAUUUCACGCAUCGUCAGGUUCGUUGUCGGGAUCGAUGUGUCUCCUCCCCUUUGUAUGGGGCAUGGUCACUUCGGGACAGACCGGCCGGCCGUAGCGGACUGCAAUGAAUAAUUAAUUGUGGCUCAUUUAUUAUUGACGAUGUCUGGGCCCAGACUAUAUUGGAAAACAUUUAUUCCGAAGCAAUGCUCCCCCGCUUAAUUAAAAACCAAACAAGUGAAAAACAGGGUGAGUGAUCGAGCGACAGAGAACAGUGGGCAGAAAAUUGGUACAACAUCAAUAAAAUAUUCUGCACUUGAUCCGUCGAACGUUCCAACGUGGUAAUCAUUUCGAAACAAUCACCGCCGCCCCGGCUGGCUCAAGUUCGACAUUGUGAAGUGCCGUGAGAUGUAUGUGAUUGAUAGAUUUGGGCCGGCUCAUGGCUGACCAUAGAUUUCUCAUUCCCAAUCCAGGGGAAAAUACGUUCAAUCGUCGCCGAAAUCGCUCUAUCCAUUGAAUGAAUAAAAAAUUCACUACGUACCGUACCCGUGAAGCUGUGGAAAAAGUGUGCCAAAGUUGAUCCGAUUAUUCGUUUCUGCUGAUUGGAAGUGCUAAAUUAAUUGAUAAUCAAGGGAAAUCGAGGUGUGCGCGUGUGUGCAUGAAUGCGAAAGUAGCCAAAACGACGACCAGCAGCCGAGGCGGAAGAAAGUGAACCGCUACAUAAGUGCCAACUUUGUGAGCUUUUUUUUUCUGCUGGUUUGCUCCCACCUCUAACGGAAAGUUGAACGAAUCUGCGCUGCCGCGCGACCGGAGAAGUGCCAAACGGGUGGAAGAAAAAUGGUGGAUAUUAGCUCAAUUAUCGAGGGAUCCGUCAAGUUCCGUGACGGCAAAAAGUGGAAAUCUCGGUGGUGUGUCAUGCGGAAACUAUCCCCAGUAGCAGACUGCCUCCACUUGCAGCUCUACAGAGACUCCAAAGACCGAUACAAGAAUGGAACAACCAAGGCUUCCCUCUCGCUGCAGCACUUUCUGGGCGUCGAGUCCGGUUUCACGCUGGACAAGGAGUCCAACACGAUAGCAAUAAUCUGUCAGGAUGUGAUAGUAGUGCUCGCUUUUGACACCAGAGAAAGACUGAUACAAUGGCAGGUCAAAAUAUCCAACAACCUGGGCGACGACUUGCAAUAUCUGGUGCUGGUCUCGUCGGCGCCACCGAAGGCCAAACUGGCGACGGGACCAGCACGAAUGCACAUCCAGGAUCAUCGGUUUUGUCUGACGACGGGUGUUCCACCGCGGUUAACCGGCAUGUGGAACAUUCAACAUCUAAGACGGUACGGGGUAGUUGACAAUCGGUUUUGCUUCGAGGGUGGCUCGAGCUGCGGCAAGGGCGAAGGUCUGUACGUUUUUGUGACAGAUCUGGGUGAUGAAAUCACUCACACACUCAAGCUGGCAUCACAGGGUAAACUAGCUAGCAAGAAGCGCGCGGCUGCCAAAAAGCUUGCAGCUUUGGACAGUCCUCGCAAGGGUGCGGAAUCUCGCUGCACAAAUUACAACGACGAGAUCUGCACGGUUCAUAUCGAGAGUUCGACUUGCUCCUGUCGGACACCGUACUGGCCGUCGACGGAGUCCAGGGAUCUGGAUAGUAACUAUGGUUGUGGAGAUACGGCUUCAGUGUCCGAAGGGCACGAUAGUAUCAACGAUAUGGACUCAUUCCCAAGGAGUACCAUCGCCAAUUUGGAGCGCUGCAUGAGCUGUAUUUCAAAACUGGGAGCUCCCUCAAUGUCCCGUAGCUCGACGGUUACGGGAACGCCUGGAGCUGUGGCACCUACGCCAGCGUGGCACACAAUCACCGAGCACAAUAACCACAUCAAUCAAUCGCACAUCUCAAAAACACCAGCACUAGAUAGGAUGUCCCUUUGUUCCCACGGUAGCAGCAACAACUCCGAAUACUCCAUUCCCCGGCAAACUUGCGCUCCAAGUCAGCAGGGUCCCGAAUCGUGGUACGAGAAGGUGCCGGCCACGCAAUUCACAUGUAUGAACAAUCGACCCACUUCCCCGUGUCAGUGUUGUCCACCGGGUCGACCACCGAAACCCAAAGAAAUUCCUCUACACAUAACAGCCCCCCUCCAUUCCGCCAUGAUGACCUGCAAGUCUCCUCAGGCAAAUAGUCACGUCGGUCCUUACGAGAACUACGACAUACCAAAAACCCCUGUAGCCAUCGAUGACAACACUUCGGAAAACUACGAUACACCUAAGAAAAUACAAGAGUACCUGUCCAAGGAGGCGAUCAGCAGCGGUAGGAGUGAAGUGGGUAGCUACGGCAACUAUGAUACACCUCUGUCGCUGGGCAAGGCCGUCUGUGGUUGUUUGAAUGGAUCGGAAAGUCAAGGCAUGGUCAAGAUGGAGAAGGAAUUGGAAGGCCCACGAGUUGACUGUACCUGCAAUCGAGUGAUGUCCUGGGCUGAUAACUGGAUCUCAUUACCGCUAUGCAAACGGGGGAACGGAAUUGAGAAUACGGGUUUACACAUCAAUAAAGUUAAGCUAAGCGGUGAAGGUAGAAUGCCGGUCGUCGAUGCCAGCGCGGAUAAUGCCAUCUACGCGACAGUAGACAUGACGAAGAAAAUUAGACGAAGAUUGGAGGGUGCAUGUGAAUGCAACAAAAACGAGUUCGAAUGUAUGAAAGAUAAGAAAACGACAUCAAAUGAAAAUUACGAAGACGUGGAGGUCCUCCCCGAAGAACAGAAAGCAAACUACGCUAAUUUAGAAUUUGAGAAAUCACUUGAAAACUACGAAAAUUCCAAAGAAGUGCUUCAAAGAGCCGGUCUCUCACUGCACGACUUCGAAGAAGAACAGAAAGUUUGCCACAAAUGCGGUCACCUUAGCGCGAAAACCCCAGAAGCCAAGCCAGAACAGCAAGCAGUUGAUAAACAGGAGAAUUACAUGAUGAUGGAACCUGCGAAAAUCAAAUCCAAGUUUCCUGGCUACAUACCAAUGUCUCCUGCGGCUCCAUCGGCAACUACCGACAUAGAUCCACCACCAGCAUCUCCCACUGCUCCACCUCUUCCUUUCAAGUCAGAUCUUCUGAAACAACGAAUGAACAGAAUCAUCGGUGAAAAGUCCGCUAGCAACCCAAGUCUUUGUGGUCCAGCGGUGGAUCGAAGCCGCAAACGGAUAGAUGAUGAGUCCCGAAUUCCAGGAAGUGCCAUGCUCAAAGCAACAACCAGUCCGUAUACUCGCAAACAGCUGCUAGAUCACAGUGAUCUACUCCCAUGUGAUAAGAGGUUAUCGCCGCGAAAGCGAUCCGCGUCCGCUGAAUCGUCUCGUUUCCUUGAUGAGUGCGACGAAGUCGAAAGUCCCCUCAGUGGAACUGCAUCUCCGAGUACGGAAACUCUACGGAAACCCCCGACCCCAACAUGCAACAUCGAAGUCCGGCGAUCAUCCUCACCAUGUGUCCACCGAGAAGCGGAACCAUGUUCCGAGCCAGCUUGCUGCGAGAAAUCAGCUCCCGUCGAAACGGAAGACGAGAUAUCCGCUUCCACUAACCCUAGUCAAAACUCCCAAUCUGUGUACAUCCGAAGAUCCGAAAGCGUUCCGUGCAAGGCACAAAACCGCGACAGCUCUAGCUCCAACGACUCGGGUGUUUCAACUGGAUCUCUACGGCAGCGAGGUACAGACUUUACGGAAUUUGAACUCCCUCUCACUACGGCCAUGUCCGCCCGAAGACACCAACGGCAUGUGAUGCCCCAGCAGAGCUGCGUACACUCAUCGCUCCCGCGGAGGUCAAAAUCCUUCGAUCCUCUGCGAGAACUAUCAUUCCAGUUCCAGAAGGUUCGUGUACCGGAGAAGAGCACAUCCGCCGAAGCCGAGGUUCCGAUUUGUCCUCCAAAGACGAAAGCUUACGCGAGUCCUGACAUCAUGGCGGCCACCACUGCACCGUACAUCGAUUCCCGAAGUACCAGCAGUGGCACUUCCGAUAUGUCCGACUACAUUGAAACGCUAUCGUUGUCGAGUCAUAGCUCUUCGGAUACGCCCGAGGGGAUGAGGCACAUUCGUCAGGCGACAUCCACGUUGCGGCCACGAUCCGGCAAGGAGUACCAAAACAUCGACCGAUCGAUCCUGGCGUUGACGCAACCCGGUAGCGAAUCGGCGAUCAAGCAUCCGGGAACGCCCUCGCAGCUACGGGGACUGUUGCCAUGUUCGGCCAACUAUGCCAACAUCACGCCGGUUCCGGAAAACGCUGAAUCGCCCAGUCCCGGCUACCAGAGUGGUAGCUCGCCGCAGGAAGCACAGGGUCAGCACUUCAUGUUUAAGAACUCGUCUUAGGUUCGUGAGCGCCACAGCCCGUCAACAAAUUGAAAGCAAUAAAGACUAACUUUUCUAAAUAUAAGCAUAACAAAACUAGAAUCAAAAAUACCUAUCUAUAUACACAUAUUAAAAAACAGAAGAAGAGAGAGAAAAAAACUGUUGUUUAAAUCCUGUUUUGGACGCUAAACCAACAAAGUUCUACACUUGAACCGGCAAACACUAGAAGAGAGCCUAGAUUUUUGUACACAUUCCUUUCCUCGCGAUAAGAAACGAGACAAACAACAACCAAUGCAGCAAUAAACUAAUGGGCCACGUAUCCAAUCCACUGGCUCGGGUGCACCGUCGUCGUCGGUCUGUUUGAACAACAUCAGAACAAGGACCCCGACUGUCGGGGGAAGGACACUCGAACCUACUGAGCUUCAAAUGGAACAAAACCCUGACAAAGGAGACCGUCGUCGCGUGGUCAGGAAGCGACGUUUAUUUUCCUUCUAUUUGGACCAGAUAAUUAUUUUUUCCGUUCCGUGUUUGCGCGCAACCUUCGAUUGCUUUUGUAUUCCUAUUCAUUGAUUUGUAACCUUUAGGGCAAAUAUUAUCCUCCGUACAUCUUCUGCGUGGAAUUAGGGUGGCGAGUCUUAUGGCGGUCUUAGUUCAGUUCCACUGCUAAGUCUUUACUCGUCAUCCUUAGCAGUUUGUGCGAACAGUAAUAUCCGACUGUAGGCCGAGUUCGUCACUCGACUACGGGUUUUUCCUGCUCUCGUUGCUGGAGCUCAACAUGCGGGAAAGCCUCCAGGCGGCUGAGAACAUACACACGAGGCUCCUUACCACAUCACAGAGCAAAUCAACAACACAACGCCAACAACGGUGAGCCUCUGAUGUGUGGACCAUCCCCGUCGUCGUCGUAUUCGUCAGGAAAACUAAUGCAAACAAAAGAAAAUGAAGUAGGUGAGGUUUAUCGGUAGGUGAAUCGAAGAAGGACGCUUUUCCCGAACGCCCACACCUCCCGGAAUCUGAUUCCUACAUCAUAUCCAGGAAAAUAACAAGCAAGCGACCGGAAAGUAAACACAGUCUCUGACUCGGUCGUCGUGAGGGGGUUGCUCCGGUGAGGAGAGUUCGCAGGAACGAUGUGGGCAAGUAGCAGGAAGCACAUCAAAUCAGUGCUUCGAAACUAAGAUAAAUACAUGGCUUCGAUUGGUGGGUGUUGCGAACAGGGUUGGCUUAUGGGUAGAAAGAUACCUUUGGAAGAAUAG